AUGGACGUUUUUAUGUCUCCCAGUAAUACAGUGUCAGAGCAAUCAACUAUUAUAAGCGAAUUGAAAAGUAUUAAAGAAGAGUUGUAUGCUACUCGUAAUGAGCUGAAAGAAUUUAGGAAUGAAAUGGCAUGUAUAUCGUCUUGUAUAAUAGUAUGUAAUGAAAGAAUAGAUGGGAUCGAGAACAGAUUGGAAUGCUUAGAAAAACGACUCGAAACUCAUAGUAUCAACAACGAUGAAUCCCUGAAAGCAACAGUAGACCAGCUCAAAGCAGACCUUAAUGAGAGGGAACAAGAUUUAUUACUUAAUGACAUCGAUAUCACCGGCAUUCCGGAAAGCAAAGGUGAAAACCCUUAUCAUAUUGUGAUGCUCAUAGCCGCAAAACUCAGCGUUAAAAUCGAUGAACAAGAUAUCACGCGGGCAGAGCGUAUAGGACCUAUACACGGUUCAAAAGAAGGAGAAAACGCAACGCGCCCAAUUGUAGUGAGAUUAUCGAGGAAGACUCUACGAGAUGACUUACUACGAGCGGCACGUAUCCGGCGUGGUGCAGACACAGCAGAUAUGAAUAUUCCAGGCAAUCCUAGAAAAUUUUACGUCAAUGAACGCCUGACAAAAACUAACAGGCAAUUAUUUAAAAAGACGCGAAUUGCGGAUAAAACGUCUAAGUGGAAAUUUAUCUGGACACGAGAAGGAAGAAUAUAUACAAGACAAAACGAAGGUAAACCGAGUAUCAGAAUUAAAUCCGAAUCAGAUAUACUUCGUAUUUUUAGGAUUGAUCAAGUUUGA